AUGACAGGUGGUGUAGCAGAUGCCUGGGCAGCCGCUGCCUUCUCGAAGUGCACUCGACAUCUGACGACGGCAAGGAAGCGGCCUGCAGUCUCUGCGGAGCUUCAAGGGCUCCUACGAGAGAUGCAGCUUACUGCUGUCGCGCCCAUCCACCUCUCACAUGCCGUUGAGACAGGACUCGACGGCUUGGAGCGAUACUGGUCUGGAGGCGACUUCGUCAUAGUCGUCAUGGCCUUUGUAAAGCCUGAAGUAACCUUUCAACGCCGGACCAGCUUCAAGAGCUACGUCUGGUGUGCUGGCAGUGAGAGCCUCGAAGCCAAGGACCUCGGAGACAGCCCAGUUUCUCGACAGGUGGUCCAGUACGGUAGGCAAGAGAAGGCCGGCGACGAACUGAUUCUGGGGCUCUCCAAGGCAUCCCCCCUGGCGCCAGUCUUUGUGGAAGCCUUCCUCAAGCCCAGCGGCCUGGCCCAGGACUUGGACGCCACUCUCUUCGGUCCGGCCUCUGAGUCGGAGACGAUGAAGGCAAUCAAGGCCGAGCUUGGUGGCGACUUCCCAGACAACUUGGAGGAUGCUUACAGGCAUUGCAGAGGUCUGGUCUUCUGCAAUGCCGUGAAAGCAGAGCUGCUGCCGGCAUGCCUGGUUCGUUUCGUCGGAGGACAGAAGGUCACCUCAUUGGCCUGUGAGGUCAAGGAGACGAGUGAGGCGAUUGCGGAAGUUCUGGGCGGCGAUUCCGAGAGGGUCCUGGCCUUUUCCUGUCCGGAGGGGGACGAUACAUGGGAACUGCAGGAAGGUACAGAUUGGAUGGAGCCUUACCUGCUGCCCGGAGCAGACACUGUGGCGAUCAGGAUUGAGAGCAGUCCAGGGAAUUCUGACGAGCAGCACCUCCUCGUGGUAGCAGUUCCCACAGGCGAUGAGCUGGUGAAGCCAUCGGCAGAGCAGUUGCAGAAGCUUGCGAACAGCUGGGAAGGAGCCUGUGAUGGAUUCUACGGGCUGAAGGGAGAAGAGGUGACGGUGGAGAGGGACAGCUGGGAUGAAGUGCGACUGAGGGCCCUCUGUGCCCAUCACGGCUGGGACUUCUCAUGGAUGAGCGAAGACGAUGAACGCCGGAGGCGCAUCGUCGAGAUGAUUACCUCAACCGGGCUUGGCACCCCGGGCCGGGCCGUGGUGGUUAACUUGCAUGCGGCAGAGCCGGUGCAGCAUCAUGGGGCUGAGGACACAGCGACGAAGAUGACCUGUUCCGAAGAUCCUUCUCUAGAGGCCCCUCUGCCGCGGAAGGAUGAGAAAAACACCCAGGGUCUCAUGGUCAUUGACCUGGCCCUUGAGUUGCACAGACGAGCAAAGGACUUUGCCAUGGCGGGUGAUACCCUCCGGGCAAAGGCGCUUGUUGAAAGUAGUAUCGACCAGCUUGUCACCGCCAAAGGCCUGGUGCCGGGUGGGCGGAUCCUCCAGCUGCUCGAUGGACUGCUCGAGGCUUGGCACACGGAGGGCAUCGUCCUGCAGGCCGAGGACCACGACACCGUCGCGGAGCUCGAGAGCUGCGUGGCAGAUGCGCUUCGCAAGGUCGCGAAAGCACCGGUAGUAGCGGCAGCAGCAGCAAAGCUAGUGCUGGGAGGCUGCGGUACCACACCGAGCACAGCCUCCGAUGCAACAACUGCACGAGGCGACUGCAUUCCGAUUGAUCCGAAGAGCGGUGGCCUCCUCAACGCGGCGGUUGCAGCAGCAGAAGCAAGGGUGGUGGAUGAUGGUGCCAGUGGUGUGGAUUGGGAUGCAGGCAGUAGCCGCAUUUCCUCCCAGCAGCCUACGCCUGUGGGCUCACCAGAGCCUCGGAGCCCACCCUCUGAGUUGGAGGUGGCAAUGGAGCCUGCAAAGAACCUCCCGCCGAGCAGCAGCCGCAUAGAGGAUUCUGGCAAAGUAGAGGUGCAACAUCUGCAGCCUGUCGAGGAGCCGAUCCUCUUUGAUCGAACUCCAGGAGGAGGAGCGGCGCUGGUUCCCGCCGGCAUGCCUUCAGAGGUGGUCGCAGCACAGGCAAAGCGCGGGGUUAGUGCAAAGAGGUGGCCGAAGCGUUGGCUCUUUGGCCUCUGCUGGAGCAAGCACACGGUGCCUGGAGAACCUUCCACGCAGAGGUGUCAACUCCGCCUUGCACGAGACUUCCACCGAGGGGAUCUCAUCGGUGCCGGCAGCUACGGCUGUGUUUUCGCAGCUCGGCGGAAGACGACGGGGGAGAUCAUGGCGGUCAAGGAGAUGCUCUUGGACCGGGCUGGGAUCACCAAAGUAGAGCGCAGCGAGCGGCUCGUGAAGCUGACCCGCGAGCUGCGGCUCUGCGAGCAGCUGGAGCACCCCUUCAUCGUGAGCUACUUUGGCCACGAGUUUGUCAUGGGAGCUCAGGGCGGCCCCGAGAAGUUGCACCUCUUCCUUGAGUACUGCAGUGGCGGAAGCCUCGCUGCGCAGCUCCGUACCUACGGGCCCGUCAGUGAGGAGUUGCUCAGGAAAUAUACGCAACAGCUGGUCGGUGGCCUGAUGUAUCUGCACUCUCGGAGCCCACCCGUCGUCCACUGCGACCUGAAAUGCGCCAACGUGUUGCUAACGCACAGCGGGGACGUUAAGAUCGCAGACUUCGGCUGCUCCAGGUGGAUUCAACCUGGCGAAGCGGUCUUGGAGAACUCCGUCGCGGGCUCUGUCUUCUGGAUGGCACCGGAACUUUUUCGAGGGCGCGGCAAACUGACGACUACCUCGGAUAUCUGGUCCCUGGGCUGCUGCGUCUUGGAGAUGGCCACUGGCAGUCCUCCUUGGUUCGAAAAGCGUUUCGACAAUAUCCUCCAGGCUUGCCAUGUCAUCGCGAACUCGGAAGAGUUGCCGGCUAUACCGGCAGAGCUCUCCAAGCAGGCCUCCACAUUGAUCUGCGUUUGCUUAAAGCGGAACCCGCAAGAGCGGCCGACGGCUCUUGAGCUGAACAAAAGCAAGAUGUUGCGUGCCUGA